UCUUGGUGUUUUGCUUCUCUUUUGCACUCACAAUCCUCGAAUUCCCGUCCACCCCCUCCUUCUGAUUCUUCACUCUCAACGCUUCCACUACCUUCCUCCAACUAACUGCGUCUCCUACCUUCUUUUUUUUUUUGAUCUGAAGGUCCGAUUGACCAGACACACGUGCAGAAUACAUUGACACAAACAGGGACUUGGUUGUUUUCUCAUUUGUGUGAUGAUGUUCAAUUAGGAGUGGCAGUAGCUUCACAUGGGUGAAAGUUGAAUAUACAAUUCACAGAAAGCUUUUGACAUCUUCUUGCACCAAGAUUAGUUUCUGUGUUUGUUUCUUCAGGGUUUAUUGUUUUGGGUCUUUACUCUGUAAUUUUCUAUUUUUGUCACGAAGAUUUGGAGAUAAUAUCUAUGCUUUUACUAUUAUGGAUAAACUUCUGGUCGGCGACCACCAGGAACUUUGGGCUUUGUUUAACUUCCGUUGUCCAGAGCUUUUGGGAGACAAGAAAUGUUUUAAGGAAAAAUAUGAGUCAGCAAUCCAACGUGGAAAUGACAAAAAUGCAUCUGAUAGAGAUAAGCGCAUUGGUUCAGCUGUUGCACAGGCGUUUGAAAAGUGAAGUUUUUCGUGAUAAUGAUGCUACAAACACUGUCAAGCUUUCUAAAAAGAAUGAGAUUAUUGUUUGGUUAAGAUUAUCCAAAUGUCAGGAAGCCAUCGACAGGUUAAGGAUUGUGUUGAGAGUGAUCGUAGCAGGAAAGGGCAUUACAUCAAGCGGGUUCCUGCGAUUUUUAAGGAAGGAAAAAAAACCCGCUGACAGGUUAAUGAUUGCGUGCUCAUGCUUUCAACUAUCUCCUACCGCUUUAAGUUGCAAAUCAUACAACUGA